GCUUGGUUAAAUGUAAACACCUCGACCGCACAUAGAUAGCACAACCGCUUUGUUGCUUUUAAAAAUUGAGGGAAAGAGGCGCCGUGUAUCAGACGCGUUUCCGGCUGAUUCCUUUGGAGUUUAUCACCCCUCCUACACAACGGUUGGGAAAUUCCCUCCACAUGUAUAGUGAUUUGUGAGCGUUGGGGAGCCCGAUGGGGUUGAGUUCGCGGCUCGGGAUUAUGUGCUAGACUGGCGAGCGGUGUAGAGGAAUCAAAGCAAGAGUUACAUGGAAGGGAAUACUUUGGGAAUACGCGAAAUUAUCGUCACUGAAGAGAAUCAGAUGCUGGGGCUGCUUUGUGUUUGUGUGGUGUGAUUGCAUGUUGAUCCUGGAGAAACUGCUGGUUUGAAACAGUUGUGAGUCAGGUUUCUCUGAUCACAGGGUCUGAUUCUGUGUGUGUGUGUGUGUGUGUGUGUGUGUGUGUGUGUGUGUGUGCGCGUGUGUAUGUAUGUUUUUUUUUUUUUUUUUUUUUUUUUAAUGUAUGUGUGUCUGAGUUAUCUGAUCCCAUCGUGACUGGGAGGUGCUCAGGGGUGGAGCUCCAGUGAGGGGCGCAAAUCUACAGGCUGCAGCCUCCCAAACAUGAGCAAACUGACUUUCCACAAUAACAAGACGAUGCAGGACCGCCGCUGUGUGUGUGUGUUCCUCCCGAAUGAUGAAACGCUCAAUGUAAUAGUCAGUGUUAAGACUGUGUGUCAGGAGUUGUUGGUGCAGGUCUGUGAUCUGCUCAGGUUGAAGGACUGUCACCUGUUUGGCCUCAGUGUUAUUCAGAACAAUGAACACAUAUACAUGGAAUUGGGACAGAAACUCUCUAAAUAUUGUCCAAAAGAAUGGAAACGGGAAGCCAGCAAGGGAAUUGACCAGUUUGGACCUCCGAUGAUUGUUCACUUCAGAGCACAGUAUUACGUUGAAAAUGGCAGACUUAUCAGCGAUCGCAUGGCACGAUAUUAUUACUAUUGGCACUUGCGGAAGCAGGUACUGCAGUCUCAGUGCAUCCAGAGAGAGGAGGCUUAUUUCCUGAUGGCUGCGUUUGCACUGCAGGCUGACCUGGGAAACUUCAAACGGAACAAACACUUUGGUGCCUAUUUCCAGCCGGAAGCUUAUUUUCCCUCUUGGGUAAUUGCAAAGAGAGGAUGUGACUAUAUUCUGCGUCAUAUUCCAAACAUGCACAAAGAGCAGUUUGCUCUCACGGCAUCAGAGGCCCAGCUGAAAUACAUAAAGGAAGCAGCGCUCUUGGACGAUGUGACUGUUCAUUAUUACCGCCUUUACAAGGAUAAGAAAGAGCCGGAGGCCUCUUUAACUCUGGGACUGACCUUGCGUGGGAUUCAGAUUUUUCAGAAUGUGGGCUCUGUCAGGCAACUCUUGUAUGAUUUUCCCUGGACCAAUGUGGGGAAACUGGUGUUUGUGGGGAAGAGGUUUGAGAUUCUUCCUGAUGGUUUGCCUUCAGCCAGGAAACUCAUCUACUAUACAGGCUGUCCUCUGCGCUCACGACACCUCCUGCAGCUGCUCAGCAACAGUCACCGAUUGUAUAUGAACCUACAGCCUGUGCUGAAGCAGGUUCGACGUCUGGAGGAAAAUGAAGAAAAGAAGCAGUACAGGGAGUCAUAUAUCAGUGACGCUCUGGAGGCAGACAUGGAUCAUUUGGAGCAGCGCUCACGUGCCAGCGGCAGCAGCGCGGGCAGCACGUCACGACCCAAUCCCUUUUCACGACACUCCACCACGAGUCAUGGCAGCUCCCGCACAUCCGGCGUUGACACUGACAGUUUCCGAACACCUACGAACACACCCCAUCGACCGUUGAGAACACACUCAUCUUCCAACACCAGUCAUGCCAGCACACACACGUCUGGCAUCGAGAGCAGCAGCAAGGAGCACUGCCUUGAUGAAGAUGAGAUUGAGAUGCUGGUUGAUGAUCCGAAAAGCUGUGAAGAUCUUCACGAUUUAGAUCUCAACCAGGAACUGUGUAUUCACAUCACAGAGGACAUGCUGUCAGCACAGAACAAUGGAUGCUCCGGGUUAGUGGUGAAGGAAGUCAGUUCCUCCACAUCCAGCUCAUCAGAGACCGUCGUGAGAAUGAGAGGCCAGAGCAUCGAAUGUCUUCCCCAGACGGCGAUGGGAAGGAAGGGCCAGAGCUCCACAGACCGGCACAGCCAGUCACUGGAUGAUGUUCGUCUCUUCCAGAGGAACUGUCAGGAGUGGGCAGAGCUUUGCCAGGACACCGCACAUAGCUAUACGUUCGGCUGCGAACCAGACCUCGGGGAUACGGUCGGCUGUGGAUACCAGGGACUUGCAGAUCAGUGUGCCGGGAUCCGGAAUAACCAGCACGCGUUUCCCAUCAAGAGAACCAGCAAGUAUUUUUCUCUAGAUCUGGACAGAGAAGAUCUGACCACAGAACACUUGACCACUGAAGCAGAACCAGAGUUCGUGGUGUAAGGCAGAGAGUAUUGAAAAGAGCCCCAGAACAAAUUAAAAGGAUAGUAAACGGAAAAACAGAAAUUCUGUUCUGUACUAUCACAAACCCAGCGUUAUCUCUUCUGUGGAACACAAACAGAGAAAUUCUGAUAACUCUGAGGAUGGAAAAAAGUGCCAUAAAAGUAAUCUUCUGUGCUAUAGACCUUAGUCAGGGUAGUAACAUAUUUUAUUUUGACUGGAAGAGAGAAAAGUACAGUGUGUUCAGUGGACUGUACUCUUAUUUAAUAACAUGCAAAAAUGCAUUUAGAAGACAAAAAACAUCUGAAAGUCAUAAAAAUUAGACUAUCACUUACAGCCUCAUUUUCGUUUUGUUUUCAAAUUGUCAUCAUCUAUUCAUGCUAAUGUUGUUCCAAACUUGUAUGCAUUUUUUUUUCUUCUGCUGAACACAAAAGAAGAUAUUUUUAAGAAUGCUGAUAACCAAACAGUUUUGCUUCCCAUUGAUUUUCAUUGUACUUUUUUUUUUUUUUUUUUUUUUUUUUCAUAUAAUGGAAGGCCAUGGAAACCAAAACUGUUUAGUUGCCAAUAUUCUUCAAAAUAUCUUUUAUGGUCCACAGAAAAAAAAGUCGUACAGGUUUGAAAUUGCAUGAAUGCAUGGAGACCAGUUAUUGCGAGUUUUUUCUUAGAAUUGCGUGAUAUAAACUGACAAUUGUGAGAAAUAAAAUCAGAAUUGCGUAAAAAAAAAACCUUUUCUCUUAAAUGUGAGUUUGUAUCUUGCAAUUCAAAAUUUUUUUUUCUCAGAGUUGUGAGAUAUAAACUUGCAAUUGUCAAAUUUUAAGGGGAAAAAAACUGAUAUGUUCUCAGAACUGAGUUUAUAUCUUAAAAUUCUGACUUAACUCGCAAUUCUGAGAAAAGUCACAAUAUUUAUAUCUCGUGAGUAUUAUAUCUUUACUUCUCAGAAUUGUGAGUUUGUCUUGGAAUUCUGACUUUGUAACUCAUAAUUGCGAGUUUAUAUAUCAAAAUGGAAAAAAAAGUCAGAAUUGCGAGUUUGUGUCACGCAAUUCUGAGAAAAGUCAGAAUUUAUGUCUUGUAUUAUAUCUUUAUUUAUCAGAAUCGCAAGUUUACUUCUUAGAAUUUUGAGUUUGUCUUGGAAUUCUGACUAUAACUCAAAAUUGCGAGUUUAUGUAUCAAAAUGGAGCAAAAAAGUCAGAAUUGCGAGUUUAUAUCUUGUGUUAUGUUAUAUAAGUUUAUUUCUCAAAAUUGCAGGUUUAUUUCUCAGAAUUGUGAGUUUAUUUCUCAGAAUUGCGAAUUUAUUUCUCACAAUUUUGAGUUUGUCUUGGAAUUCUGACUUUAUAAGUCAAUUGCGAGUUUAUGUAUCAAAUUGAGAAAAAAAGUCAGAAUUGCGAGUUUUUCUUGUGAGUAUUAUAUCUUUAUUUCUCAGAAUUUUGAGUUUGUCUUGGAAUUCUGACUUUAUAACUCAUAAUUGCGAGUUUAUGUAUCAAAAUUGAGAAAAAAAAAGUCUGAAUUGCGAGUUUGUAUCUUGUAUUAUAUCUUUAUUUCUCAGAAUUGCGAGUUUAUUUCUUAAAAUUGCGGGUUUAUUUCUUAAAAUUGCGGGUUUAUUUCUCAGAAUUGCAUUUUAUUUUAUUCAGUGGUGGAAAAGGACAUCCAUAUGAGGUUGAGUAAAUGAUAACUAAAUUUUAAUUUUUGGGUGAACUAUCCAUUUAAUUUCAAUAUGUUGUCUACCCUGACUAAGGUCUAUAUUUCAAAUAAGGCCAUUUAAUAGCUUUUAUGGAUGGAUAGUGCUACUUUUAUGUUACGUUUUGUCAUUUUUCAGAAGUUUGACAGCCCUGGUUACCAUUUAAUUUCCUUAUAUGGCAAAGAGCAGCAUGAACAGUUUGCUAAUCAUCUCCUUUUGUGUACCACAGAAGAAGAGUUGGAAUGACAUUAUGCAGAGUAAAUGACUGAAUUUUUCAUUUUUAGGUGAACUAUUCUUUUUAAGGUCAUUUAGUAUGUGUGAGUGUGUAUCCAAAACAAGCAAGAGAAUCUGCAAUAUCCUAAUGCCAAAAUACUAAAAUCUAGAAAAAUCUGCCUUACCAAAGUAUCCAAAAGUCUGUGUGUGUGUGCGUGCUGCCCUAAAUAAACCCUCAGUGCCUUGAAUUCACUAUGCAGGUUCUCAGAACAUAAAACUAAAGUUUCUGCACUCCUGUUUACUUCCACCCUCGUCUCCAAGGAAACACCCCAGUGUUGACUCCAAGAAUAACACUAAACCUAAUGAGCUUUUUGGGAUUGUGGUAACUGAAUCAUGUGAGCAUCAUAAUCAGAGGGCCCAGCGCCGGGUGUGCCGCCCCGCAGGAUGAACGACUGAUGGGAUUUCAGGCCGCCGAGGCUCUUAAUUUAGAGACAUUUGCACACAGAUAAGGGGGAAAAGAAAUUAGUCUUCCAUAGACUUUCCUUUAGAGCUUCCCAUUCUCUUUAUGCAUUUGAUAACUGUUUAUUUGUCAAACUGGAAGUUUAUUUCUUUAUGUAGUUUUAUAAAGAAUGACUGCUA